AUGGAUCUGGAUCAUAAGCAGACGAGUUUUACGUUUGAGAUGGAUAACUUCUCCGAGAAGGAAUCUGUGAUUAGAACACCAAACUUUUUAAGCGGCGGUUGCGAAUGGUAUGUUAAGGUUCAUCCCAAAGGAGAUCACAUUGAUGAUCACUUGUCUAUGUACCUCUGCGUUGCGGAUCCUGAAUCACUCCGGUUUGGAUGGAAAAGACGAGCUGCUUUUUCCAUCCUUCUACUGAAUCAAUCAGGCCAAGAGCUCUACAGAAAAGAUGAACCGUUUGACCAAUUGUUCUGCGCUGAGAUCCCACAAAUGGGUUGGCCAAAGGCCGUGCCUCUCGAAAAGCUUCACGAAAAAGGCUUUUUGGAGAAUAAUAAACUCAUCCUCAAUGUCCAAGUUAAAGUAGCUCAAGUUGAUGAUGAAGGAUCUGUGACUUCAGUGAGUUGGAUUUUCGUGGAACACCCAAACUUUGCAGUGAAUUUCAAACCAAAGAACCAACUACUGAAGACAGCAUACAUGAAUAUCCUCCUCGGUCUAAUCGAGACACUGAAGAAGCCUCUACAUAGCAUCACGGACACUGAGCUAAACAACGCUGAGAGCGAUUUUAUCGAGCUAACAGAAGCGGGUUUCAACCUAGACUGGUUGAAGAUAAAGCUUGAUGAGGUUUUCAUAGAGAGGAAGACCGCGAAUGCUGAUGGUUCUCGAGUCCAAGAACUCAUAAAACUCAUCAAGAAUCUCAAAGUUGAACUUAACCAGGAGCAAAUUUUAUCAUUGGAGCAGACAGUGUCGAAUCUCAAAGAUGAGCAUAACAAGAACAAUAUUGUCAAAACACUCCAAACUUUUCUUUUUUAUUAUUUUGUGUGA